GUUCCUUCCUCUGGUAGCUUCAUCCUGGAAGAGUACCCACCAGGUGCCAGCCAGAGCUCUCCUAUAUGACAUAUCUGUCAGCCCCUACUGGGAGGUGUCUCCCAGUCAGGUUACACGAGGGUCAGGGAUCCAUCCACUUGAGGAGGCAGUCUGUCCCUUAUCAGAGCUUGAAUGCUGUGCAGGAGAUCUGCUGCUCUCUUCAGAGCUGCCAGGCAGGUACGUUUAAGUCUGCUGAAGCUGUGCCCACAACCACCCUUUCCCAGGUGGGCUUUAUUUAUAUGUCCCUGAUGGGCUGUGCCUUUUUUCAGAGAUGCCCUGCCCAAUAAGGAGGGAAUCUAGUGAGACAGUCUGCCUGCAGUGUCCUGGCUGUGCUGUGGUGGGCUCCACCUAGUUAGAACUUCCCAAUGGCUUUGUUUGCACUGUAAGGUUAAAAUCUACUUGAGCCUCAGCAAUGGUAGAAGGCUCUCCCCUCACCAAGUUCAUGUGUUCCAGGUCGAGCUCAGACUGCUGUGCUGGCUGUGAGAAUUUCAAGCCAGUGGAUCUUAGCUUGCUGAUCUCCAUGGGGGUGGGACCCGCUGAAGCAGACCACUUGGCUCCCUGACUUCAGCCCCCUUUUCAGGGAGUGAACAUUUCUGUCUUGCAGGUGUUCCAAGCACCACUGGGGUUUGAAAAAAUAAAACCGCUACCGCUAGCUAGCACAGUUUCUGACCAAAUGGCCACUCAGUUUUGUGCUGGAAACUUAGGGCCCUGGUGGUGGUGUAGGUACCAGAGGGAAUCCCUGGUUUGCAGGUUGCAAAGACCGUGGGAAAAGCCCAGUGUCUGGCCCUGGAGUGCAGGGUACAGACCCUAAUGGAUUCCCUUGCCUAUGAGUGGGAGUUCCCUGUCCCCUUGUGCUUCCCGGGUGAGGCAAUGCUCCACCCUGCUUCGACUCGCCCUCCUUGGGCUGCACCCACUGUGUGACCAGUCCCAAUGAGUUGAACCAGGUUCCUCAGUUGGAAAUGCAGAAAUCACCCACCUUCUGCAUUGAUCUGCUGGGAGCUGCACACUGGAGCUGUUCCUAUUUGACCAUCUUGGUAGCAAUCCCUCCCUAUAGUUUUUAAAUUGCUUCUUAUUUAAUUGCCUUCCUUUAAGAGUAUUAUUUUGUUAUAAUUUAUAUGGAAAGAAGUGAAAGGCAUUUGCUUUUCCCUAGUAUGUUUAAUAAAAAUUUAUUUUGUAUGGUUAAUAGUUUAGAAAACUCAGGUUCUAAACUAUUAAUAAUACAAAAUAACUAUAUUGUAAUGAGAUAAAUAAUUGAAUUUACUAUUGUCAAAUUUUAGAAAAUCUUUAUUGUCUUUUAUGUAUGAGUUAUAAUAUUUCAGGGUUUUUCAGUUAUAAUAUUUCAGAUUUUUCUUGUACAGUGACUAAUUUUGAUCAUUCAUAAUUUGAUGACUUCAUAAAGUCCAUUGCUUAGCCCCUUUCAGGGUCUUUAUGGAUGUCUGUAGAAUGAGGAUUCCUGAAGCAUAAACUUUGUAAUCCUCAGAUUAAUCUGGUUUUGAUCAUAUUAUAAUUAUUUAUUUGUUUGUCUCUACACAGGCUCAGGGCUUAUUAUCCUCACUUUUGACAGUCAUUUGAGACUAUGAUGAAAUAUACGGGCCCUCUUGUCAGAAAAAAAAGGGCACAAAAUAUGUAAAAUAUUGAAUACAAUAUUAUAGACCUCCUGAAGCUUAUUUUUACUCCUGCCACAAAUUUCUGCACUAAAUUGAUAAUUUAGUUAACGUAUUAUGUUUUAAUUUUCUUUCUCUAGUAUCUAGCACAAUGUCCUGCAUUUUGUAUGCCCAAACACAUAAAGGAUUGUUUAAUAAAUAAAGAAAUGGAUGACUGUUGCCAGCCAGAUUGUAUGACAGGUGCAGAAAUUCCCCACUUUCAAAAAUUGUUGGUAAAUAUAAUGAGCAAAUAUUGGGAAUUUUCCUGGCCAAUCUUAAAAUACCAGACUCUCCAAUGGUUUUUCCUUAAUGACAAGAGUUUCUUUUCCCAAGACUUCUAUACUAUGGAGAUUCUAAUUUUCUCUUCUGAAAGCAUUUCCUUUCCUCUUCGGUACUCUCCUGUCAGUAACUGGGAAGAGAAACAUUAUGCUCUCCAUACCCUUAAAUGAUGUCAGUGUUUUAUAAAUCUUUUUCUUUUCUAAAAAAUUAUAAUACAAUAUGAAUACAUUUUAGUAGCAUUCAUUUAUAAUCCAAGACACUUCACCGCCCCUCCUCUUUUUUUCUAUUUUUCAUUGUACACAGAGCUAUACAAGGCAUUAUAGAAAAUACCAAAAUGAAUGAAAAUCAUAAACUCUGCACUCAAGAAUCUUUCAGUCUAAUAAAGUUAUGAGCAAAGAUGAAUACAAUGAGAAGAUAGAAAAAACUUAGAGAUUAAACUAAAGUAAAUCAUAAAACUGAUGCAACUUGACACAGAAUUGUGAUUAUUUUUGAUGUCUCCAGUUUUGACAGUCAAAGGAGACACUAUCAAUAGUUAUUACAAAAGCAACACGCAUUAACUAGUAUUAUUUUGGACAAAUUGAGACAUAGAGCCACCCUACUCUUAAGGUUUUUUACUUUUGCUUUUACUUUUUAUUAUAGGCAUUUUCAUACUGCCUGUAAAGACUGAGGUAACUAUUUAAGUACCCAUCCUCUAACUUUAGCUAUUCUCACCACUUGGCCAAUGUUGCCUUAUCUAUGACCCCAACUCCCCAACCCCAUUUACUAAAAGCAAAUCCAAAGCAUUUUCUUGCUUUAUCAGUCAGUUUUUCACCACUCCAUUCUUUUUCUCCCCUGAUUUCCUUUCUUAUCCCCAUUCCAACCUAUCUUUUUAUUUUUACUUCCAGCACUGCAGUUCUGAUCUAACUUUGCCAGGACACAGAUCCAUAGGGUCAGCCCUGCAUCCUGAGCAGCUCAGAGGGAGGAGCCAGACCAGCGGUGCCUCACACCUUGUCCUCUUCUGCUCUGGACAGAUGGCUCCAUAACGACAGCUUCGUAAUGUUAGUAGAUGGGACCCUGCUGCACAUCAGGGUCACUCUUCUGCUGCUCUUGCUUGGGGUGUGUUUGUCCAUUUCUGGCUAUUUUCAGGAUGGGCCCUCCCAGCAUCUCACUUCCCCAGAAUUGGUGACCCCCUUGAAGUUGAUCAGCAGGGGCAGAGGUGCAAAGGCUCCUGGAUGGUUGUCCUACAGCCUGCGGUUUGGGGGCCAGAGACAUGUUGUUCAUAUGAGGGUCAAGAAGCUCUUGGUUUCUAGACACCUCCCAGUGUUCACCUACACAGAGCAGCAUGACCUCCUGGAGGAUCAGCCCUUCAUCCCAGAUGACUGUUACUAUCAUGGUUUUGUGGAGGGGGCCCCUGAAUCGUUGGUUGUUUUCAGUGCUUGUUUUGGGGGCUUGUGAGGAGUGUUACAAAUAAAUGGUCUCACUCAUGAAAUUGAACCCAUCAGGCACUCUGCCACAUUUGAACACCUGAUUUAUAAGAUAAACAGUAAUGAGACACAAUUCCCAGCUAUGAGAUGUGGCUUAACAGAGAAGGAAGUAGCAUGCCAACAGUUGGAAUCUGAAGAGGCUGAGAACUCAGCUCUGGAACCAAAUUCUGCUGGUGACUGGUGGACCCAUGCGUGGUUUCUGGAGCUGGUUGUUGUGGUGAACCAUGAUUUUUACUCUCAAAGCAACAUCUCAAAGGUGCAAGAGGAUGUAUUUCUUGUUGUCAACAUAGUGGAUUCCAUGUAUAAGCAAUUAGGUACUUACAUACUUUUGAUUGGAAUUAAAAUUUGGAAUCAAGGGAAUAUUUUCCCAAUGGCAAGCAUAGAACAGGUCCUGAACGAUUUUGCCCAAUGGAAACACGUCAGUCUUUCCCAGCUACAGCAUGAUGCUGCACAUAUGUUCAUAAAAAAUUCACUUAUAAGUAUACUUGGUCUAGCCUACAUUGCAGGAAUAUGUCGUCCACCUAUUGAUUGUGGAGUUGAUAAUUUUCAAGGCGAUACGUGGUCUCUUUUUGCCAACACUGUGGCCCAUGAGUUAGGUCAUACUUUGGGUAUGCAGCAUGAUGAAGAAUUCUGUUUUUGUGGGGAAAGAGGCUGCAUCAUGAGUACUUUCAGAGUGCCAGCAGAGAAAUUCACCAAUUGCAGUUACGCUGAUUUUAUGAAGACCUCUUUGAACCAGGGAUCAUGUCUGCAUGAUCCUCCCAGAUUGGGGGAAAUCUUUAUGCUAAAGCGUUGCGGGAAUGGUGUGGUUGAAAGAGAAGAGCAGUGUGACUGUGGAUCUGUACAGCAAUGUGAACAAGAUGCCUGCUGUCUGUUGAACUGCACUCUGAGGCCUGGGGCUGCCUGUGCUUUUGGGCUUUGUUGCAAAGACUGCAAGUUCAUGCCAUCAGGGCAACUCUGUAGACAAAAGGUCAAUGAAUGUGACCUUCCAGAAUGGUGCAAUGGAUCAUCCCAUCAGUCUCCAGAGGAUAGAUAUGUGCAGGACGGAGUCCCCUGUAGUGACAGUGCCUACUGCUAUCAAAAGAGAUGUAAUAACCAUGACCAGCAUUGCAGGGAGAUUUUUGGUAAAGAUGCAAAAAGUGCAUCUGAGAAUUGCUAUAAAGAAAUCAACUCUCAGGGCAACCGUUUUGGUCACUGUGGUAUAAAUGGCACAACAUACCUAAAAUGUCAUAUCUCUGAUGUCUUUUGUGGGAGAGUUCAAUGUGAGAACGUGAGAGACAUUCCUAUUCUCCAAGAUUAUUUUAUUCUGCAGCACGCUCAUAUCAAUGGUGUCACCUGGUGGGGUAUUGACUAUCAUUUAAGGAUGAACACACCUGACAUUGGUGAAGUGAAAGAUGGUACAGUGUGUGGCCCAGGGAAGAUCUGCAUCCACAAGAAGUGUGUCAGUCUAUCUGUCUUGUCACACGUCUGCCUUCCUGAGACGUGCAAUAUGAAGGGGAUCUGCAAUAACAAACAUCACUGCCACUGUGGCUACGGGUGGUCCCCGCCCUACUGCCUGCACAGAGGCUAUGGGGGUAGUGUCGACAGUGGCCCAGCAUCUGCAAAGAGAAGAGUUUUCUUGACAGUGAUUAUGAUUCCUUCUUUGUCUGUUUUUAUUUUCCUGUUUACUGUUGGUCUUCUUAUGUAUCUACGACAACGUUCUGGUCCCAAGGAGACUAAGGCUCAUUCAUCAGGUUAAGAAAAUGUCUCUAACUUAAUAUUCCAUGCAUUAUUACACUUCAGUCUCUUGGCAGUAGAAAUGUUAGUACAUCCCUGAAAGUGAGCACAUUUCUGACCAUUCCCAGAAAGCUGCAAAGAUCUUCCCUUACGUCAGUACCACAAACAUUGUCAUUACGUGCAGGUGAUUCUUUACAUGUUUCUAUCUAUUGUUCUUUUUUUUUAUUAUUAUUGUUCAUUUUUUAAGCAGCAAAUAAAGCUACAUUCUUCCCUCACAUUAGUCCUUGUUAUGUUUCUUGUGCAUGGAGAUGACUUAUAGAAAAGACAUGAGGUAUGUCUACAUUAGAGUGUCCGGGGCAAGGCUUACCUUGCUACUGACAUUUAUCAAUGUGGGAAAAUUACUUAAAUUUUCUGAUGUUCUGCUUCAAAAUCUUAAAGUGGGUAGGGAUGAUAAUAAUAUUUGUUCCACCCAACUUUUUGGUUUAUUUGGUAACCAAAUAGAUAAAUAAGUGAAUGUUUGUUAAGUAUAAACAAAUUGUAGUUUGUCUGAUAAAAGCUCUUGACCUUGCUUCCUGUGUGCUUCCUAGCUCUUUGUCUUAAUUUAGCAGUUUGGAUAUUUUUUUUGGAGCAUUUGCUUUGCAUACCAAAAUAUAAACUCCAUGAGGGCGUGGUUAUUUUUAUCUGUUUUGCUUACUAUUAUAUCCUCAAUACCUGCAACAGUGCUUAGUACACAAUAAAUACUUAAAUGAAGUAAUGAAUUUGAAUGGAGUAUUAAAUAGAUGAAAUUCAUCACAAGGCUGGGCGCAGUGGCUCACACCUGUAAUCACAGCACUUU